AUGGUACUACUCCGUGCAGAUAUGCAAGUUUUAGCAUCCUUCCUGCAAGCAUAUUGCCCAAAAGUGGCCAAAGAGCUAAAUCGAUUGCACGUCGACUUGCUGUCGAUUUGCUCAGAAUGGUUCCUGACCUGGUUUGCCAAAAGCCUGCCCAUUUCUACUGUGCUGCGUGUUUGGGACACGCUCUUUUUCGAAGGCUUCAAGGUGUUUUUCCGCAUUGCCAUUGGCAUCUUCAAGCGGGUCGAGCAGGAAAUCAUGAAGUGUCAAAGCUUUGACGUGGUGAUGGAGCGAGCAAAAGGUUGGCCAAGGAGCAUGGUGGAGCAUAACGAACUGCUGAAAGCCAGCUUUGAUGGAUUGCCAUCAUUCAGGCGACAAGCACUUCUCCGUGCUCGCAAUGAGGCUUUGAGCAAGAUCGAGCGCGAGGAUCUAGAGCGCAUGAAGCUGGCAGAAACCCGCUUGGCUCAGGUUGCGAGCGGACGAGGAUGA